GAUAGUUUGCAUGAGUUUUGUUAAAGGAAAUACUUACAAUUUCACGGUUUUAAUCUGCAUUUGUUUUCACAAUUUUUCCAUGGCUCUAAUUUGCCUACACCUUCACAGUUUGACGUUUUUCGCUCUGUAUUUCAUUAUUGCUCAUUCUGGUCAGGCAACUGUGAACAACAAAUGUAUUAGAGCCUCAAGCAAAAUUUACCAUCACUAUGAUACUGCUACAGAUACAGUCUUCAACGUGUUAGAUUAUGGUGCAGUGGGAGAUGGACAGCAUGAUGAUUCUAAGGCAUUUGGACAGGCAUGGGAGGCAGCUUGUAAGACAUCAUCUGCAACUUUGCUUGUGCCAAGCAAUAAAACAUUUCUUGUUAACAAUUUAGCUUUCGAGGGACAGUGUGAGCCUGGCCUUGUUUUUCAGGUAGAUGGAAUGAUAAUUGCUCCUGAAGAUCCAGAGGCUUGGGAAAGCAAAGAUGUGUGGUUGCUAUUCGAGCAUCUUAAUCAAUUUACUCUUACAGGCAAUGGCGUCAUUGAUGGUCAAGGAAGUAAGUGGUGGGAUAACCACUCAAAACAGAGUGCUUCUGACGAUCGCCCAACGGCAAUUCAUUUUAAUGGCUGCACUGAACUGGCAAUAAAUGGAUUGCACGUAUCAAAUAGUCCUAGAAUCCACUUCGCAUUGUCUGAGUGUGACAGGGUCCAAAUGGUGGGUGUUGAAAUAAUGGCACCAGAAGAUAGUCCCAACACUGAUGGAAUUGAUGUGUUUACCUCCAGAAACAUUGUGAUAGAAGACUGUAUAAUUGGAACAGGGGAUGACUGCAUCGCCAUAGGGAAUGGGGCUUUGGAUAUCGUAAUAAAAGAUGUCACAUGCGGUCCUGGGCAUGGAAUAAGUAUUGGAAGCCUAGGGAAAGAUGAUUCAGAAUCAGAGGUCCGCUCUGUACAAGUUGAUGGGGCCAUAUUCAAAGAAACACAGAAUGGAUUAAGAAUCAAAACGUGGCAGGGAGGUUCAGGCAUGGCAAGGGAUAUAAUCUUCGGGAAUGUUCAAAUGGUAAAUGCAGAGAACCCAAUAAUAAUCGACCAAUACUACUGUGAUUCCCCGGAUCCAUGCCAAACUCAGAGCUCAGCUGUGCAAGUGAGUAAUGUAACAUACAAGAGCAUUAGUGGAACAUCAGCCUCACAAGCAGCAAUUAAACUUGACUGUAGCCACAGCAACCCCUGCAAAAGCAUAACUUUGAGCGAUGUAUCUUUGACACUGCCCUCUGGGGAUGAAGCCACAUCUGAAUGCCAAAAUGCACAGGGACAAAGCAUUGGGACUGUAAACCCUUCCGGUUGUUUCUCUUCUGUUUAAACAUCGCACAAUUUUACUAACAAAUAGUUAAAAGAUAGUUUUACACUUCAUACAACUCAAUUAAUUCAUUUGUAUAUCUGGCUUCAAAUGACAUAA